CGAUUAAAACAGCGAAAGUUAUGAAAGAAAAGUCCUACAAAGCUAACGUCAGGACUACCACUGCCAAGAAUCUUCCAACGCUUAUUCCGUCUUUCAUAUUUGCUUUUGUUUCAUGCUCCUCAGAUAUUCCUCAUCACAUUCAUAUUGAAAAUCGAGGUGAAAGUUUGUUUUCCUUUUCUUGCUUCCCAAUUUAGUGCGAGAACUGAGAUUUUGGAAAGAUGGGAGAUAACCUGAUGGAUAAAGUGAGUGCCUUGGGUGAGAAAUUGAAGAUCAGUGGUGCUGAGGUUGGGAGGAAAGUGACGGAAGGAAUGAGCUCCAUGAGCUUCAAGGUGAAGGAGCUCCUACAGGGGCAGAACGAAGUAGAUAAAAUUGUUGAGGAGGCGACAAUGGAGACCAUGGACGGGCCCGAUUGGGCAUCUAAUCUGGAAAUCUGCGAUAUGGUGAACAACGAGAAGAUUAAUAGCCAGGAAGUUAUCCGAGCUAUCAAGAAGAGGAUCAUGUUGAAGAAUCCCAGGGUCCAGUAUUUGGCUCUCGUGUUGCUGGAGACCUGCGUUAAGAACUGCGAGAAGGCAUUCUCUGAGGUGGCAUCUGAGAGAAUUCUUGAUGAGAUGGUUAAGAUGAUUGAUGAUCCCCAGACUAUUGUGAAUAAUCGAAACAAAGCUUUGACUUUGAUCGAACAGUGGGGUGAAUCUACUGAGCAACUGCGUUACUUGCCUGUAUUCGAAGAGACCUACAAGAGUUUAAAAUCCAGGGGCAUUCGUUUCCCAGGACGAGACAAUGAGAGUCUGGCACCAAUCUUUACCCCACCACGUUCAGUUUCUAUUCAAGAUGAAAGUGCAAACCCAAACUAUCCACCACAGCAGUUUUAUGAAGAUCAUCCUAUUCAGAUUUUGUCUCCUGAACAAACAAAGGAAACAUUUGAUAUUGCACGUAACAGCAUUGAGCUUCUUUCUACUGUUUUAUCUUCAUCUCCUCAGCAGGAUGUGCUAAAGGAUGACUUGACAACUACGCUGGUGGAGCAAUGCUGCAGAUCUCAAACCACUGUUCAAAGAAUUGUGGAGACAGCUGGGGACAAUGAGGCCUUGCUCUUUGAGGCCUUGAAUGUGAAUGAUGAAAUCCAAAAGGUCUUAUCCAAGUUUGAAGAGCUGAAGAAGCCCUCUGCUCCUCCAGCCAUCCCAGAGCCUGCCACAAUACCCAUAUCUGUUGAACCUGUAGAUUCUGUUCUAGCUGGAAAGGAGGAAUCCCUGAUCAGGAAACCUGCUGGUUCACAUGAACGCAGGAGUGAAGACAAUGACCUAAUGCACGACCUGGAUGAGAUGAUAUUUGGUAAGGGUGGAACCUCGAGUCAUGGCCAGAAAAAGCAGGAACAGAAAGAUGAUCUUAUUACGUUCUGAUUCAUACUCUCACACGCCUUAGUGAUGUCUGUCUCUCUCUGUUGCCCAGCGCAUAGAUAUUUCAUAAUUCUGAUUGAAGGAGUCCAUGUUGUUGCUUAAAACAACAUUGGCGUGAUUGAUGUGAUGCAUAGGAAAUUCGAACCUCUCUUGUAUUAAAUAGAAACUGAAGAACCUACAUGUUAUAUAAUGAUACUGCUUUAUAUAA